AUAGAACAAGUCUUCCAUUGUUUUUCACAUCCCCACUUGUCGAUCCUUUACUCAUCCCUCGCCGGCCUUCCUCUGUUUUUAAACACUUUGUUUUCCAAACCCCCACUGUUUCUCCUCCAAAAAUCAUGGAUCGUCUCAUCACCCUCGAACCCUCCAACCUCAUCCCAAUCCGAAUCGAACCCCCCCACAAAUGCUCCGGCGAGAUCACCCUCCGGAACGUCAUGUACACCAUGCCUGUCGCCUUCCGGCUUCAGCCUCUCAUCAAAUCCCGCUACACUUUCAAGCCUCAAUCCGGAAUCAUUCCUCCACUCGCUACUUUAACUGUCGAAAUCCUUUACCAUCUUCCACCCGGCGUCAAUCUCCCCGAUUCCUAUCCUUAUUCCGAUGACUCUUUCCUCCUCCACAGCGUCGUCGUCCCCGGCGCCGCUAUCAAAGACUCUUCCUCAAGCUUCGACUCUGUUCCUUCCGAUUGGUUCACUACCAGAAAGAAACAGGUGUUUAUCGACAGUGGGAUUAAAGUUAUGUUCGUGGGGUCGGCUGUGUUGGCGAGAUUAGUGGCGGAUGGGGCUAUGGAUGAGAUUAGAGAGGUGUUGGAGAGGAGUGAUCCGGUUUGGAGGGCGGUGGACUCUGUGGAUGAAAAGGGGAGGACUCUCCUUCACUUGGCGAUUGGGCAGGGGAGAGCGGAUUUGGUGCAGUUGUUGUUGGAGUUCAAUCCGGAUGUGGGGAAAGUGGGGGAGAGUGGGAUGACAGCCGUGGAGGCGGCGGCGGGGGCUGGGCAGGCGUUGAUUGUGGAGCUGUUAUUGGCGAGGAAGGCGAGUACGGAGCGGGGGGAAGGAUCGGUUUUUGGAGCGAUUCAUUUGGCGGCGGCGGGAGGGCAUGUGGAGGUGUUGAGGCUGCUAUUGGUGAAAGGAGCUUGUGUUGAUGCUCUGUCUAAGGAUGGAGAUACGGCACUCCAUCUGGCCGUUCAAGAGCGCCGCCGUGAUUGUGCUCGGUUGCUUCUCGCUAAUGGCGCUAAACCUGAUGUUCGUAGUGCCGAACAAGGAGAUACGGCGUUGCACAUGGCCGCAAGAAUCGGCGACGAGCAAAUCGUUAAGCUUUUAAUUCAAAAAGGAGCCAACAAAGACAUCCGAAACUGGGCCGGAAAGCGUCCAUACGACGUUGCAUUCGACCACUCCCACACCCGCCUCUUCGACGUCCUCCGUCUCGCCGACAAGCUUGCCACUGCCGCACGCAAGGGUGACGUCCGCUCAAUCCAACUCCUCGUCGACAGUGGUGCUGCUAUCAACAGUCGCGAUCAAAACGGCUGGACAGCACUCCACAGAGCUGCCUUCAAGGGCCAUACCGACGCCUCCAGAGCCCUCAUUGAUAUUGGUAUAGAUGUCAAUGCUAAGGACGACGACGGCUAUACUGCACUUCACUGCGCUGUCGAGGCUGCUCAUGAUAACGUUGUCCAACUACUCGUCGAGAGAGGCGCCGACGUCGAGGCCGUGACGAAUAAAGGGUUGAGUGCAAUGCAAAUUGCUCAGUCGAUGCAGUAUACGAGGACUAUGAGGAUUUUGAUGCAUGGUGGUGUGGGUAAAGAUCACACCGACGUGCCACCGACGCGGACGCCGUCGUGGCAGGGAUUGAUCACGAAGAAGAAACAACAGAGUAAAGGGAGAGGGAGAAUAAGGAAUUUGAGGAGUACGGACUUUGAUAAAUCAGUGGCAUUGUCAGUGGUGUGAGAAUUUGUGAAGAAUUUUGAGAGAACAUCAUAUUAUUUUAAGUGUUUUAUAUAUAAAUGUGUGGGUGUGUGUUUUUGUAUGUAUGAGAAUGACAAGUGAUGAGAUGAAUUAUAUAUAUGUGUGUGUGUAUAUAUUUUCCAUCACUUGUGUUUUGUUUAAAGUUUAAGCCACUAUAAUAAUUAUUCGAAUUUUGUAAUUAAUUCAAACUUAAAUUAGAA